AUGCCUGGUCAGAACUACAGCACCAUAUCAGAAUUUAUCCUCUUUGGUUUCUCAGCCUUCCCACACCAGAUGCUCCCUGCUCUGUUCCUGCUCUACUUGCUGAUGUAUUUGUUCACACUUCUGGGGAACCUGGUCAUCAUGGCUGCUAUCUGGACAGAACAUAGACUCCACACACCCAUGUACCUCUUCCUGUGUGCUCUCUCCAUUUCUGAAAUUCUCUUCACUGUCGUCAUCACGCCCCGCAUGCUGUCUGACUUGCUGUCCACCCAUCGAUCCAUCACAUUUAUAGCUUGUGCUAACCAAUUGUUUUUCUCCUUCACAUUUGGCUACACUCACUCCUUUCUGCUCGUGGUCAUGGGUUAUGACCGCUAUGUGGCCAUCUGCCGCCCCCUGCAUUAUCAUGUACUUAUGAGCCUCCAAGGUUGUGCUCGACUUGUGGCAUGGUCUUGGGCUGGUGGCUCGCUUAUUGGGAUGACAUUGACAAUAAUAAUUUUUCACCUUACCUUCUGUGAAUCUAAUGUGAUCCAUCACAUUCUCUGUCAUGUAUUUUCCCUCUUAAAGUUAGCCUGUGGGGAAAGGACAGCCUUUGUCACUAUUGCUGUGAUCCUGGUGUGUGUCACACCCCUCAUAGGAUGCCUGAUCUUCAUUAUCCUUUCCUAUAUAUUUAUUGUGGCUGCCAUCUUGAGAAUCCCAUCUACUGAGGGUCGGCACAAGACAUUCUCCACAUGUGCAUCUCAUCUCACUGUAGUGAUUGUGCACUAUGGCUUUGCCUCCAUAAUUUACCUCAAGUCCAGGGGACUCUACUCACUGUACACUGAUACCCUCAUGUCCACCACCUAUACAGUCUUCACCCCCUUCCUUAGUCCAAUUAUUUUCAGCCUCAGGAAUAAGGAGCUAAAGAAUGCUAUAAUUAAAAGCUUCCACAGGAAUUUCUGUCAACAAAGUAUCUAA